GGUGAAGUGUCUCCAUUCAUUGAAAGAAAUCAAAAUCUAUGGAGACCAUGUACCUCAACAGAAAACCACCAACCACAGUGAAAUAGCCUAGUCCAUUGAAAACUGUUAAAUACAUACCACCCCAAAGCAGUGUGGAAAAAACCCAAACAUUUUUCUUUUCAUCAGAUCUGCAAAAAUUUGUCAGUGACUGUAAUUAACAUGGGAACCAAUCAAACGGACCUUUACAGUCUCACUUGGCAGUCCUGUUGAAAUAAAACCUAGAUGUUGUGUAGUAGGACUUUUGACCCAAAGACUCUGAUUCCUUUCUGUAAUGUCUUUCUGUUGCUUUAAAAACUGCUGCUGAAUGUUUUUAAUUUGACUGUUGUUUACGCUUGUUACCAUGGAUACCAACCAGUGUCAAGUAUGUGGAAACUUCUUCAUCACCCUAACCUCCCUCAACAACCACAUCGAGACACACAGCAAAAAAGAGCUGUACCACUGCAUUCUGGGAUUGCGGAACACCAUUGCCAUGUUGUCGCGGCAACCGUUGCCGGAGACAACCUACCAGGACAACAUCACCGCGACAGACCUGUCACAAAACCACCACGCUCACACCACCAGCCAAUCAGAAAAACCGACCACCAGCAAUGCCAGCAGUGCCGUGUUGUCUAUCCCAUCAUCCUCUGCUGCCUACGAAAUCCACACAGGUGCCGACGGCUCACAGCCAGGUCUGAUGCAUGUGAAAACUGGUGCCUUGGAGAACUCUGUACCCAUUACACCACCCAAUCAGAACCUUGUCAACUCUGAACCGCACGCCACUGAAACCAUAUCCUCACACCACAAUGCAGAGCCUUUGCAGAGUGUGGCAGCUGCCGGGAUUGGUUCCGUGGAUUCUGUUCACUCUGAGCCUACCACCGCGGACAUGUUGACCUGUCCGAUAUGUAAGAAGAAGUUAACGUCGUCCUAUACGCUGUAUCGACACAUGCAGAGUCACUACGACAAGCAGGCUGAUUCCUGUCAAGUCUGUGGGAAAGAAUUUGUUGGUAAGAGGAGUUUGGUUGUACACAUGAGGACCCAUACAGGAGAGCGGCCUUACAAAUGCAACACCUGUGGGAAGCAGUUUGCACAAUACGGCACUCUGUAUCGGCACCGCCAGAUCCACAACAAAGGGGACGCUGCCAGCAAUAGUCAGUCAGCCACCACCGCCACCACCUCAACGGCUGCCACCGUCCCCCCACUCCCUCCACCGGACCCCACAGAAACCGCCCCCAUGGAGGACCCCACCAAUCAGAAACAACACUUACAACAACAGCACCACCACCACCACUCUGCCAGUCUGAAACAUCUCAACAACACCACUCAGUCUUUGGCGACUGGAGGUCCAAACUCGGGUCCAGAGAAUGGGCAGGAAUUGUCUGCUGAGCACAGGCAAGAGAGGAUGGGUCUGCCCAUCGUAGAGCACAGGGAAAGUUCAGAGGUCCUGCGACCGCCCGAGAAAACAACCAUUCUGAGCGUGCCCAGCACAGAGAACAUGACCCACGAUCAACAGGAGAUGGGGGAGAGUUCGGCCUACCCUAACACGCAGCAUGUGUCCGAUACUGACGCAAUAAAUAAUCUGUUGUACCAGCAUGUGUUUGGGGACCAGCAGCAAUUUCUACAAGGCUAUCUCCAGAAUCAGCUCUUUGCCCAGACCCUGGCAAGGUUUCCAAACUGGGGUUCGGAAUUUGCCUUGAUGGCCGGAUAUCCUGGAUACGCGGGUCUAGAUUAUAAGAAGCCCGAACAGGAUCAGAACUACGAUAUGGCAGCAUUGCCGAAUCCGCAGGUGGAGAAAGCUCGAAAUAAUGAUCCAGCGGCGGAACAACUCCAGGACACAUUUAGUGAUAACUCUGUCACCUCUUCCAAAUCGGAACGUCUGGAGUCCUUUUCUAGUCUCACAGAGUCACUUCUACGCCGCAGAAAUCAAAGCCCUGUCGUGACCUCGGUCAAUUCUGUGGUCGGUCCAGGAAUUCCCUCCACUUCGGCCCUCCCUGACCCUCCAAGCUCUAGGUACCCCUCCACCCUUGGGAUUCAGCCUCCCCCUCCCCCAAGCUAUGAGGCAGCCGUUCAGCAGUCUCUUGGAUCACCGGCAUUGUUGAACACCCCAGUUGUUGAAAACGACCAAAGCCAGAGCUCAUCUUCGGCCGCUGCGGCUGUGAACAUGACAGUCGAGCUAUCAUGUAAAGUGUGUGCCCAGAAGUUCCAAACCUCUGCUGAGCUCACCAAACACAUGAGCAUUCACAAUGAGAAAAACUUUGUCUGGUGUCAAGUGUGCCACAGUAAGUUCACCACGCCUUUCUCUCUGCGUCGCCACAUGAAGAUUCACACGGGGGAAAGAGACGAGGUGUGCGGUGUGUGCGGUAAACGCUUUAUUGAUAAGCCCAGACUAGUGGUACACAUGCGCACGCAUACCGGAGAGAAACCAUAUGCUUGUUCCAUCUGUCCAAAAACCUUCUCCCGGCGGGAAGUGCUGAAACGCCACGAAAAGACGCACUCCACCUUCAAGCCUGUGGAUGCCUCCACCCCAAAGUCAACUUACGAUGAGUUACCGCGGAAACAGGAGGUAGAGGUGAGGAAGCAAGAAACAGAGCACUCCCAAAUGGAUUCUGGGAUGUAUCUGACAUUCGACGAAGACAAAGUGGCAAUGACGACAUAUCUACCGAGUGAACAACAUCACCCUCCUCAUCCGGAGCACCAGGAUCUAGAAAAUGUGUCGGCCGUCUCUGAGCCGGAUAACUCCGCCAAUGAAAGCCGGUACAUGUACACUGGUGAGGGCAUCAAGUCCAGCACUCCACCAGUGAACGACAUCAUGUACCAACAUGAGGACGUACCCAUAAUGCCACAACAGGAAGAGGUGUCAGCGGAAACCAGCGAAUCGGACCAGACUUCUCCAAAAAAUCCGGAGAGCCAACAGGAGCAGGCUACAGACACACCGUCAGAUUCCGGAAGUGGGAAAGAGGUGGAAAUUGACCGGGACUCUCGGGCCAUGAACGAAAUCAACGACAUGUUGAUGAGGAACUUCACUAGUAAGGUGGACGGGGCGAAGCCGUACCAGUGCGAUGUGUGUAACAGGAAGUAUACGAUGCAGUCCUGUCUGCGGCGACAUAUGCUGGUCCACACGGGGCUGAAACCAAACCGAUGCCAGGUCUGUGGCAAAUCUUUUGUGGAGAAACAACAGCUGCUAGUCCAUUUCAGAAUACACACAGGAGAGAGACCCCAUCAGUGCUCUGUCUGUGGCAAGCGCUUCACACAGUAUGGGACCCUACACAACCACAUGCAGGUGCAUCGUAAGCAGCAGUAUAAUCAGGCAGUAGCCACGGGCCAGAAGAGCGACGACGAAGGGUCGGGCUUCAUCAUCAAGAAAGAACUCAGCGAGGAGGACGAGGAGGGAGGCCUCCCCAAAAAGUCACAGGAGCUAGUCAACGGGGAAUCCGGACCUUCCGACAUGGAGGGUACAGUGGAACAAGAGAUCCAGUCCGAUCCUGCCGUAGCCAAAUCUCCUUACGCUUCAGACGAAAGCCGAAGUGUCGAUGUAUCCAACAGGAUGCGAACAAACGCAGGGGUGACCGAAGAAAGUCAGAACAACGUGUCAGAAUUUGGAAGCGAAGCGGAAGGGGAAAAUUCGAAAGCGGAGUCUCCGGAGAAAGCGGGAGUGCAUGGAGGGGAGUCAGAAUCAACGGAUGCUAACGAGAAAUUGGACGGAACUGGGGCAGGGGGGUCAAAGACGGACCGGCCGGCCUAUGACUUUUUGUACGGGUAUCCCACCACUAGCCUUAUGUCCCUCAACUUGCUGGCGAACACGUCGGAGGUUCAUCAGAGCCUGAUGGAACACAUGGCACAGCUACAGCGAGCUCCAGAGAUGCAUCAAGGUCUGCUAGAGUACAUGGCGCAACUCCAGCGCGCCCGGAUGGUUGGGUUGACGGAUUACAACACAGCAUUCACGCGUCCGCCCGUUUCAUGCACCUACACGUCGUCCAGCGACAUAGGUCUGAACCUGACGACAUCGGAACACCACACCAAGGUCCUUGGCCUCAGCUGCGACAAAUGCGACGCAAAGUUCCAGGACCAAGAGACCCUUGAGAGUCACAUGAAGACACAUGCACUGAAAAAUGGAAAUGACGCCAUGUUGAGUCAGGCCUCUUCGGACGUCACGUCGCCAACAAAGAACGACAAGUUUCACACCUGUAAGACAUGUGGGAAAAGUUUUAGUGCGUCGUUUUGUUUGCGUCGCCACGAGAUGAUUCACAGCGGCAAUAAACCCUACAAGUGCGAGUACUGCCCGAAGGCUUUUGUCGAGAAACAGCAUCUCACGUGUCAUGUGCGCAUUCACACAGGGGAAAAACCUUACUCGUGCAGCACAUGUGGUAAAGCCUUUACGCAAUACGGGACACUGCACAAGCACCUGCGCACGCACAACAAAAACAAGCCACACAAGUGUCAGUUCUGUGAAAAAGCGUACUACGAGCGACGGCAAUUGACCAAUCAUUUGUUGACGCAUUUUGAAAACAAAGGGAAGUAAAUCUAUAACAUAUUCCUAGUUUUUUGAAUUUGACUUGUCAACUGAUCAGCUGAAGUUUUAGUUGUUUUAAUUUUUUUAAGAUGAAAAAAUGAAAUAUUUUGUUUGAUUCUGUAGGGACCAUUCAAUGUCAAAAAUAUAUAUAUAUAUAUAUCAGUAACAUUUUGAUUUGAAACUCAAGUAAAAUAUUUCUGUGCAUAUAUUUUUUGUACAUGUAUAUUGUAUAAUACUGCUGGGAGAAAAAAAUUGUGAAAAAAAAAUUUGAAGAAAAGAGAAUUCAUUGCAUUAUUAGUGGAAAAGUGUAUAAGAUUGUUAAUGGUAAUGUUGUUUAAAGAAAAAAAUUAUUGCAGUAAUUGAGUGAAAUCAAUAGAAGUCAGGAGUUCGUUUAAAAAAAAAAAAAAAUGUUCUUUUUUAAGAUAUAUGAUGUUUAUGAUUAAGCUGUAACCAAAUUUUUUUUUAAAUUAAAACAUACAUUUUCUUAUUCUUUGUUUACAAAAGUUAGAGAAUUAAUGUUUUGAGUAUUGAUAAAACCGAAUGAACUUAUAUCAUAAAAUUAUACAUUGCGGAAAAUUGUUGUGGUUUUUUUUUUCUUUAUUGAGAGAAAAAAAUUGUUUAAUAAGUUGUUAUUGUUACGGAUAUUUUAACAGAUUUUUUGUUUUUUUUGCUCUUUGUUAUUUGAUUGAUAUUCAAUGGAAUCUAAUGAUCUGUAGUGUCUUUUUUAUAGUUUUUUGAAACUUGCCUCAAUUAAAUGAAGGAUUAUUAUUUUUCGUUAUUUGAUUGUAUCUGAAGAGAUACGUUACUUUUUGUACAAUUUUUCUUCUUUUUUUUUUUCUUUUUUUUUUUGUUAUCGACAAAAAAACUUGAGUUGAUACAUUUUCUACAAGGUUGAUUUAAAAAAAAAUCUCUUUUACAUGUAUUUUUUCUCUUCUUUUCAUAAUGAAUAAAACCAACACCUUUUUUAUAUACAAAGUAUAUUUACAUAAGAAAUCAGAUUGUGUACUUUUUGCAAAGAAAAAAAACCUGUUGUACAAAGAUAAUUUUUUUACGAUUUCUUCAUUGUCUUAAGGUUUUUCGAUCAACAAAUAGAAACAUGUCCUUAAUUCUAUGUAACCCUUUGUUUUUAAUGACCAUACGGGGGAAGAAAACAACUAGAAAGGGGGCGGGGCUAAACUAGAAAAGGGGGCGGGGCUAAAAUUCUUCCUGUCAGAGCGUUUUUGGGCUGGAAUAAAUCUGCUGAGAAAUUUACAUUGUCAUAUGUUGAUGUCAUUUUACUUCAUGUAAUAUCAUAAGAUUGUAUAAGAUUAUAUAACCCCUCCCCCUCCCCCCCAAAAAUCAUUGAUCCCCCUCCCUCCCCCCAAAUCAUUUAACCUCCCCCACCAGCUAUGUGUGUAUGUAAUGCUGUUCAGCUUCAGCAAAGAACAUUAAGAAAGAUGUCAUUUAAUUAAUGGUGCCAAAUUGUUAAGUAUAUGAUUUUUUUUUGUUCACAUAUCUGUGAAUUGGAACAGAAAUCUGUGUGUUAUAGAUAGAUAGAGUAUUUACAUUGGUGUGCUAUAGUUAUAUAGAUAUACAUGUAUAUAUAUACCCCAUCUCACCCUCCCCCCUCCCUCCAUUUUGAAUAUUGCCCCAUGAUACAUUUACAAUACUUCCAUUUUUCACUCAGUCAUGUAUCUAUGACGCAAUAUUGUAAAGUUUGCGUCAUAAGAGGUUUGUAUCAUAUGACGUAGCAUAUUUUUGUUGGUUGCUAUUUAUAGUAAAGCCAUUGAUUGGCUGCUAUUUAUAGAUCUGUUAAUUCAAAAACUUGUAUGUAUUUUUUCAAUGUACAUGUAAUUAGAAAUGUGCUGAAACGUCCCUGGAGAAAGAUUUACAUACCUAUAUCUGCUUUCAGCUUCAUUUUGUUUAGCCCUGCAUUUGUCUUGAUCUGUUUUUUACCCUAGAAAACAUAUUUUGGUUUUUGGGAGCAUAAAUGGGGUUGGGGUGGGGGUCGGGACCUGGAAAAAAGUUUUCUCAUCUUAUAUGCACUUACUGACAUAUCUUUGGAUGAACUUGGACUGAAAUUGAUAAAUUCUGAUAGUUUUUCCUUGUAUGAUUUUACAUCUCACAUUUAUAUAUUGUGCACUUCUUCCAAUGUAGUCCUACUAGUAUAUUUGCAUUGUUGGAAAACUUUGGAAGGUCUCAUUACUAUUCACUGACAUACCACCGUAUAGAAUUUCAUACUCAAACUUUAUCAACUGUAACAGUGAUUUUCACUGGCUGGCUAAGGUAUUUUUUUUAACAAAUCAGAAUACACAACUUAAAAACCUAUCUUCCAAUAUUUUAUACGACCCCUUUUCAUGUAGGAGCCAAGAUGAUGUGAGACCAACUGUCAGUUUUCCAAUGAUGUUGCAAAUGAAUUAUUUAUUUUCUGGCAACAUUCCAAUUUUUAAACUUGACUAUGACCUUUGUUGACCUCUCACUGAUUAAUUUAUAAUCUGCACACACACCUCACUUUAGGUGCAUCACCCCCUUUUUUAGUAAUUAAAAAUUUACCUGUUUUAUAAAAAAAAAAACAACCCCUUAUUAUGAUUGAAAUGCUCAGAACUUACAAAUAUUUUACAGGAAAAAAUUGACAGAAUUUGCCUCUUGAAAGAAUAAUAGACAAAAACCCAAGUAUGAGUUAUCUCUCUUUAUCAGGGGGUAAAUGUACCUUAAUCAGACUCAGGAAGAAGAGCGUUUUUCUAGUUUUUAGAUAUUUUUUUGUUCAUUUCUGCCUGCGUAUUUGAUUAACCUCACAAUACAGCCACCUCAGUGUAAAAACACAGAGUCUCACAGAAUUGUCUUUUUAAUGAUCUGGACUCCAAAAUCACAUGGAUUAAUAUACUUUGUGUUUUUAAGGUUUUUUCUUUUGACUUGCAAUAUAUAGGAAUAUAUUUUUGUUAUUCCUUUCAUUUGGUAUGUCAUUGAAAUAUUGCAAUUAUGGUUUUUUUAAAAUUUGUUAUUUAUUGUUUUUUGUCGCUUUUGUUAAUUCUAGAGCACCAACCUUUGAAACUGUCAGGGGUAUAUUUUAGAUGUAGAUUAAUGAUAGUUCAACCAAAGGCAAUAUUCUUGUAUGUUCUUAAUGUAUGUUUUUUCUUGCAAUGAUUAUUCACAAUUCUUGGAUAUUGUGUUCAUAUUUUGAUGACAUCAUCAUUUUCUGUAGAAAGCAUCACCAAAAAAUGCUUACUAGAACUGCCCUAUCACCAAAUGCUAUGUAUAACACCUGCUUCCUUCUGCUGAUAAAUAUUUAUCUGGUGCUACAUCAUAUAUCUAUUUUUUUUCUUCUUUUUAUUAGAAAAUGACUACGCAUUUGCUUAGCAUUUUUUUGUGUUACAUGUCUCCAGCAUUUCGUAUAGUGCGUGUAUAAAAAAGUAGAUAUUAAUCAUUAAGACAACAAUUUUUUUUUACCCAGGGACGUUUCAGUAGAGUGUAUGUGUCCAGUGUUUCGCUUUAAUGUUAGACUUGUGCAUGCUGUAAAGUGCCAUGUAUUCGCCGAGGACCGAGGACUGAGGGCUGAGGGCCGAGGACUAAAGCCAGUGCUAUAGAUAGAUGUUUGUGACGUAUUCAUUGUUAUCAUCCAUUUUAGAUCUAGUUGUCUCCUUAUCAAUUAGAUAUGAAUAAAUGUUAAGAAAAUGUUU